AUGAGGUACUUGGGAAACACGGUGAAGCUGGUGGGGAUAGGGCCGACGGACAUCGUUGACGGCAACGUCACGCUUACUCUCGGCAUGAUCUGGUCCCUCAUCGUGUUCUUCAUGGCCUUGGACCUGGGGGACGCCGGGGACGGUCUGACCGUGCUCAAGAAAAGGAUCAUGGAGUGGAUGACCCGGAGGACGAAAGACUUCCCCGACGUGGAGGUGACCAACUUCACGACCUCUCUCGCCGACGGUCGGGUCUUGUUGGCUAUCUUGAACGACUACGACCCGUCUCAGAGCCCGUACAAGCCUUCCAGCAGCCCGGCGGAUAACCUCAGGAGGGCGUUCGAGGAUUUCCAACGCCUGUAUGGCGUCGGCUCUAUCCUAGACCCUGACGACCCCCAGUGCUGCGAAGACGAGAAGGCCAACAUCACGUACCUCGCCGAGCUCAUGAAGGCCAUGCCAGAGUACGAGGACGACGAUGGGGAGGGUGGGGGCCGGAGAGGGCGGAAGGGGGUUCGGGAAGCGGCGGCUGUCGUGACCACCCGUCAGGCGGCUAUCAAGAUUUCGGAAGACUCCUUCCCCGAGACUGUGGUCGGUCGUCUGAGGGAGCUGUGCGCCUUCGGGCCUGGCGACGGGGCGGCUUGUGCGUCGAGGGUGGCGAAGAUGAUGAGGGAUGCUGGGCUCGGCGACGUGAAGGUGGUCGAGCCCUCCCAAGGCCGCGAAGACGCGUCGAUGAGGGGAGACCCCAUAGUGGUGGGCGAGAAAGCCGGCCCUCCUGGAUCUCCCACCGUGCUGUUCUACGCGUCGUACGGGACUGUCGAUGAAUCGUCAGAGGCGGGGCCCGCGGAAGGGUCCGGAUCACCUGCGCAGGGCUCCACGAUCAACAACGACAUUGAGCGCUGGGCGUCCGACCCGCUCUGCCUGACCCCUACCAAGAGACCCUCCUCCUCCUCGCCCAGUCAAGCGGCGGGGAGCCCUAAGGGUGGCGAGCGCCUCGCGGCCAGGGGGUCUGCCCAGGACAAGGCCAACGUGGUUUGCCAGAUAGCGGCGGUGGAGGCGAUGCUGGAGGGUGGGGCGGGGCUGCCGUGCGGGGUGAAGGUAGUGGUCGGGGCUACGCCCCCCCCCGGUUCCCUGGCCGGCGAUGCCCCCCUGGAGGUGGCGGACCGGUUGGCGGACUUUCUGAGGGCGCACCCGUCGCUGGCGGGCCUGCCGGACCUCGUCGUUGUUUCCGAGCCCGCUGGCUCCCGGCUGGCCCCCGACAAGAACGCUCUCCUCGUGGGCUGCAGGGGCUUCGCCUUCCUCGAGGUAGCGGUAAGCACUUUCGGGGACGGCUCCGGCCACCGCCGCGGAUGCGCGGACUUCGGGGGUCCCCUGAUCGAUCCGGCGAGGGUCCUGGCCAACAUCGUCGCCUCCUUGCAUCACCCGGAGACCGGCGAGCUGAGGGUGGAAGGGGUUUCCGAUCUCGCUCCGAAGGAGGGGGAGGCUCUGGCGGAGGCGAUCGGGGGCCUCCGGUACGGCGAGGGGCAGCUGCGGCGGGACACGGGUUACUCUUCGGAGGUGGCUUGCGCGAGGGGGGUGUGCUACAAGCCCGGGGGCUCCUCCCCCGACAAGUCCACCACCACCACCACCAUGCUGGCUUCCGUGGCGGAGCAGCUGGCGCUCCUGCCCGCGGUAUCGAUUACGUCCAUCUCAACGACGCCUCCUAAUUCUUCUUUUGACGGUGGCGGCGGCGGCGGGUCGCUGCUGGGGUCUAGGUUUCCGUCGACGGCGACCGCGGGGAUACACAUGUGCCUCCCCCCGGGGGCCGAGUACGCGUCCGCUGUGCGAGCGCUCCAGUCGCACUGCGCCAAGCGUGCCCCGCAUGGCGCCAAGGUUCGGUUCGACAAGGUUCUCGGUAGGGCCGGCUGGCUCGCCCCGACCUCGGGUUCUCCCAUGGUCAGCGGCGUUUUGGCAUCUCUGAGGGAAGAAGACGACGGCGAGGCGGGGGGUCCGGUGGAGGGGGGAGGGAGGGAGACGGUCCUGGCGUCGGACCCCGGUUUUUCGGCCAUCCCGAGCGCGUUUGCGCGGGCCCUCCCCGACUCCGCGGUCGUCGGUCUCGGCGUUAACGACCCCGAGUCCAAGGGAGGCGCGGCGAACGAGAGCGUGCUGGUGGACGACCUCAAGGGCUUCGUGCGGAGCGCCGUGCGUCUGGUCCACGGUGUAGCGGAGAGCGGCGGCAAGAAGGAGAAGGCGGGUUCCUCCUCCGGCGGCGUGAAGGAAGGAGCGGGAGAGGAUGCUCCGACGGCCUACUCGAACCGGUUUAUCGACGACCUCGAUCGCCGCAACGCCGUGAACCAGCUGAGGGGGGGGAAACUGUCUAACGUCUCUUCCCCGGCGGGAUCGGCCAACACAACCCCUAGGGGAACGAACUCAAGGGGUAUCACCCACAGCGGCGCGGGCGGAAGCCCUGUAAGGUCACGUUCUCCCGCAUCACGCUUUCCGUCCGGAUUCAGCACCCUGGAGCGCAACCUGGAGCGGGAAGGCGGGGGGGGGGGAGCUGGCGGUUUCGCCGCGGGCGGUGUCGGCGGGGGGCCUUUGACGCCCAAUGCGAAGCACCCGCUGUCUCCCAACCGGCCGCCCUCGAGUGCGACCACGGCGGGACUGUCACCCGCGGAUAGCGCCAGCAUCGCCGAGCUCUUGCAGUCUUCCCCCCUCGCCCCCCGCCUCCCGCCAGCCCCCUCGGCCGCAAUGGCCGCGUUUGCCGCCGCAGCGCUCGGGGACGCCGCGGGAGGUGGGGGGGGUAGGGGGGGUGCCGGUGAUCUCGGCGUGAUGACCCCACCCCCUCCCGGCGGUGGCGCUGGGAUGGCGGGGGACGAGGACGACGACAAGGUCGGCGGCGGAACGCCGGAGACUGUGCUUGCCGAGAUUAACGAGCUCAGGGCUGACCCCAAGGGGUACGCCACCAAGCUGGAGGCUCUGGAGGAGUUCUACGACAAGGGCAUGUACCAGUCUCCUACCGGCCCUCCGGUUCAGACGACGGAGGGUGUGAAACCGCUUUUGGAGGUGGUGGCGAUGCUUAAGACCACCGAGGCUCUGGCGCCCUUGGAGAGCAAGGAGGGGAUGCAGCAGGCGGCAGCCGAUCACGUCAAGGACCUCGCGGAAACAAGCAGAACCGGGCACUCCGGCUCUGACGGCAGCGGCGCGGCGGAUCGCAUGAACCGCUACGGCCAGUUUUUCCAGGUGGCCGGAGAAGUGUGCACAUACUUCGACGCCACGGCGGAGGGCAUCGUGGCGCAGCUGCUCGUUUCCGACGGGGAGAGAUCGAGGCAUAACCGCAAGGCCCUCUUGGCAGCGCACUUCAAGGUCUGCGGCAUCGCCAUCGGCACCCACCCCACCGUGGGAGCGGCGUGCGUGAUCACUCUCGCGGGCGGUUACGGUCCACGGCCCCUGUCAAGAUCGGCGGACGUGGUGUGCGAGGCUGGCUCGGCGCCGUCGGCGGAGUUCAGGGAGGUCCUGGAGAGCAUACCGGUCCCGCAGAUCACGGAGGAGGUCAGCAAGUGUGUCGAAGUCGGGAUGGAAGUGCAGCUGCAGUACACUCCGGGGUCGAUCAAGUGCACCUUCGUGCAGGCUUCGGGCGCGCGCAAGAGCAUGGGCUGCAAAUGGGCUUGACCACGCCCGCCCUGUGUGGUGCUCUGACAAGCAGCGAGCUAUGAUAGCUCAGCCUGACCAUGCCCUCCCCGUGAGGUGCUCAGACAAGCAGCGAGCUAAAUAGCUCAGCUUGACCAAUCCCGCCCGUGUGGUGCACAGACAGGCUAAUUAGUUAAGCUUCCCCCCGGAGCGCACAUAUACUGAUUUUGUCCAUGGGCCUCUUUGUGACGCCGAGGCCGAGGAGGAGAAAAGACUUGCAGUUGUACACGGAGCAACCGCCAGC